AUGGUUGGGCUAGCCAAAGUACGAAAGUUAUACGAAUGGAGCGACGACUACCAUGUGUGUAGCAGUACGCGACAUGCUACAUCCCACAGGGAUGGCCACCCCCCUAAGACGGGAAAGGCCAACAAACAGAAGCGUAAGGCAAACAGGGUUGCGUCUACAGACAGAUACACCUUCCAAGGGGGGGCGAAGCAGCAGCAGCGGGAGGAGGAGGAAGGAGAAGACGAGGACAAGGACCCCUCGGACAUGAACAACAACCCAUGUAGACAUAAACUCUGCCAAGUAAAAUUUUUAUGCCAAGCAAAGGGCUACGAUCUGAAAAAAAUAAGUCUCUUGUUCAAAGCCAAAAAGGUAAAGUACGUCUUCCACGAUAGGAGCAAUAUUUUGUGUGCAUUUUUAAGUCCGGAAAAAAGUAACAAAUAUUUCUACAACUUCGAGGACAUAGGUAACAAGGAUAACUUCAAUUUUAUGAGAGAUGUCACUCCUUCGGACGCCGAAUACACUGUGUUUAUUUUUAUCAAUGGCUCUGUGGUCAUAUGGUCCAACUUCCCCAACUGUUACAGAAACGACGUGUUCAUUAAUAAAGUUAUUGUGUUUUUAAAUUCCUACUCCGAUGAGUUGCUGCCCGUGCAUGUGGUGCAGGAGGACACGAUGUAUUAUCAUGAGUGGGGGGGAGGAGAAGAAAAGCGGCCUCCAGGCAGGUCUCCACCUUUGGAAGGCUUCUCCCCACCUUCGGAUGGCUUCUCCCCACCUUCGGAUGGCUUCUCCCCACCUUUGGAAGGCACUCCCCUGAUCAGCGGGGGAGUCAUCCGCCUGCGCAGCGGUUCCCUGGAACAGAAACUCACCGUGUCGUUCGCCCUCUCGCAGUCCAUUCGACUCGACGUGCACGAAAUGUUAAUGGAUAUCACCAUUAACAAGCUUUUCAUCAUAUCGAAGCAGAUUGCCAGUCGUGGCACAUGCACCAUUUCCAAGCAGGAAGUCUCAAGGAUGCUUGACGUUUACUCUAGUAUAAUUAACGUUAACGCUGUGCAGGACUUCCUCGAUGUCCCCGAGUACUUCUGGAAUAAGGUGCAGUACGAGCACGCGUGGUUCGAGAUUUACACAUACCUGGAGAUCCCCGAGCGGAUCAAAAUCCUGAACAAGCGGUACAACUACUACAAGGACUUCCUCAAAGUGAUAAAAACGGAGGUUUAUAACGACAAGACAUUCCACACCUACCGGGUCAUCGUCCUGCUGCUCUUCAUACACGUGUGCGCGCUGAUUCUCAACGAUCUGUUUUUCGCCCAGUAA